AUGCUUUCUGACAAUAUUAAAGUCUCUAUUUAUCUUUUACUUGUAGGUUGUUUCUUAAGGAGGAUCGUGAUUGCUGAGAUUCAAAUGAUUACAUACAAUGAGUUCUUAAGGCUUGUCGUGGGUCCUUACUACCAUCAGAGGUUUUUGUUAAGAACUCUUCGAGAUGGUUUCUUCACUGCAUACAACUCUAACAUCAAUCCUGCUAUGAUUAAUGAAUUUACCUCAGCAUGCUUUCGAUUCGGCCAUUCUACAUCUCAAGGUUCUUUCACAGAAAUUCCAUCAUCUGGUAAUCCCACAAGUUUCAAGUUGCAAAAUAAUUUUUUCCACCCAUUUGGCCUCUACCAAGGGCAGACCGAAUUGCUUGUGAGAGGACUUGCUGAUCAGUUGGCUCAAAAAUCUGAUAACUUUGUCGUUGAAGAUUUGACUAACUAUCUCUUCCGCAAGAUGGACGACAGUUUCGGACUAGAUCUUAUGGCUAUAAAUGUUCAGAGAGGCAGAGAUCACGGAAUUCGACCUUACGUAGAUUACCUUAGAGCUAUAUUUAAUGUUCGUGUCACUUCUUUCUCAAAUCUUAGAUCUUUAAUGCCCGUUACCGUAGUGCAGAAGUUUGAAUAAGUUUACGAGUCCGUUGACGACAUUGACUUUUUCUCAGGUAGUAUUUCAGAAAGGCCAGUUUCAGGUGGUAUUGUCGGGCCUACCUGUGGUUUUAUUAUUGCGUUACAAUACAAUCGAUUGAGAUUUGGAGAUCGAUACUUCUUUGAUGUGUAUGGAGAA